UAAUAUAAAAUGUCUGCUCAAUCCAUUAGCUUUUCCAAGUAUACAAAAUUCGACAAUCACUACAGAAAACAAUACGUCGAAUCGAUCAAGACCCAAAAUGAAGAGAUGAGCAAGAAAUUAAAUCAUCCAAUGGAAUGGUAUUGCUCCGAGAAGGUUCAUGGUUGUAAUUUGAGCUUUAUUGUUGAUAGAGUAAGGCAAUCAGAUUGGAGAAAAAGUUUGAGUGGUGAAUUGAAUGAACAAUUGAAAUUGAAGAGUGUUCAAAUUUAUGGUGAAUUAUUUGGUGGAUUAUUCCCAAAUAAGAAACCUUCAGAUGCUAAGGCAAUUCAAAGUGGAAUUCACUAUUGUCCACAUCAUGAUUUUUAUGCUUUUGAUGUUCUUCUCGGAUUUGAGAAUGGAAAACAAUCUUGGGCUGUUUUUAACAAUGUUGAUCCAUUGUUGGAUGAGUGUGGAUUCAAAGUGAGAGCUCAACCAUUGUUUAAGGGAACUUUGGACGAAUGUUUGGAGUUUGAUGUUAAAUUUAACACUAAAUUACCAGAAACUUUCUAUCCAGAAAUUGUAAAGGAAAGAAAUGCUUCCUGGAAGGAUUUGGAUAAUAUUUGUGAAGGUGUUGUCAUCAAACCAACCAAGUACAAUAUCUUUGUGGAAACUGAAAGAGCUGUAAUCAAGAAGAAGAAUGAAAAAUUCUUGGAAACUGAAGCUAGUGAUAAACCACAACAACCAGUGAAAAAGGAAAAGGGUGACUCUGAAGAGCUAGUUCAGGUAUGGAAUGAACUCUCACGAUACAUUACCUCCAAUCGUUUGGAUAAUGUUCUCUCAAAGAUUGGAAACCUCACCAAGAGUAACAUGUUCCCAGUUAUGAAGGAAUUCUCAAAUGAUGCCCUCGAAGAAUUUAAAUUAGAUUUGGAACGUGGUGCUUUGGAAAAUUGUAAACCAGUUUCUUCACUUUCAAGUGAAGAUCAGAAAAAGCUCACUAAAAAGAUCAAUGAUGCUUGUAUGGUUUUAAUUAAGGAACAAUUAAACAAACCAUCAUCAGAAUAA